AAAGAGAUCAAUCUGAAAAUUACAAUUGGGGAACAUUUCUGUCGAAAUCAAAGGUACUCUCUGAGGGAUUCUAUUGAAAUCUGCUGCAAAAGUCUAUUUCAAAUUGACAAAUAAUACCAACAUUUUAAAGGCCUCGGGGAACAUAUUGCUUUCCUGUGCCCCAACUCAUUUUAUCUAUUUGUUCCUAUGUAAAAAUUCAUACCCCAACUAUGGUCCCACCCUACCACGGGGAUUAUGAUUAUGAACAAACUUGAAUCUACUCUACCUGAGGAUACUUCAAGUUUAAGCAUUUCUGGGGAAAUAAUUUUUUAGAAAACUUUUCAAAAAUGCAAAGUUUGCAAAAAUUCCAAAUUAUUCUCCAUAAAAGAUGAUAUGACCCAUCAUUUUAACAAAAUGUACCAAAAUUGGUAAAUGAAAUUGACGCUGUGGUUCUGAAGAGGAAAUUAACCAUAGGCCUUUACAUUUACAUACAUAUUAAUAUUGUAAUGGUUUUCAAACAAUAAGUUUUAUUGUUUUCAAACAAUUAGUCUGUUAGUUUUCAAUGAAUUUCAUACAUCAAACUCAAUAACUGUUAAAUUGAUGCAUUUUAUAUAUUAGUCUGUUAGUUUUCAAUGAAUUUCAUACAUCAAACUCAAUAACUGUUAAAUUGAUGCAUGUUAUAUUUUCCAAUAAUCUUUAAAUCUGCAACGAAGAGAGAUUUCUGUUGUAAAAUACAGUACUGUUUUUCCAGUGUUAUCGGUUUGUCUUUUCUGUUACAUACAUGUACGGUAAGUACAAAAACAACUUGUCUUAGGAUUGGAUAUUUUCAUGCCAUUUGUAAUCAAAGGCACAAACUGUGUUUUUGUACAUGUACUAAUUUACUGUAAAAUGAUAAUUGAAAGAUAUCAACAAACAAACUGCUUUAUUUUGAAAAUUAAUACAAAAAAACCCCGAAUUAUAUUACUUUUGUUUCUUCUAAAAUAUAAUUGGCAUAUCUUAAUUUGAAAUAGUUUCACAAUCCAGUCCAAAUAAAUUCACAGUCGAGUCUGAACAAGUAUUGAAGUUAAUUCAUUUCACCUUACUGUAAAUUUUUAACCAAAGCAGGACGGAUAAAAUUGUAGGACCAUGAAUCCUAUAAUCCCCUCUUCCUCUGACAGCAAAUAAUUUCUAAUUUAGUUUAUGGAAUUUUUGUAUUUUUAUAUACUGGAACAUGUUUUUUUUCAUACAAUUACAAAUAAAAUUAAUCCUUUAUAAUCCAAAUAUUUUUUAUUUCCUUAAAUGAUAUCCUUCCGUUUUCAAUACAGAGUUGUACAAGAAAAUAGCAGCACCUUAAAUAUAAUAGCAGCAUAAACUUUCUCCUCAAUAGAUACCGUAUGUGAUUUCUUUCAACAUGGAGUCUUUCCCCCAACAAAUAUGUGAGGGACUGCAGAACAUGUCGGAGUCCAUGUUUGUGGGACUGUGUAAGAAAGUGGGAACCUCACAACAGGUAGCCAUCAGGAGGGAGACAAUAGACAUCGGGGAGAUGGUGGACAGACGAGUGAAACAUGAUGGGAUCAUGGAGAUGAUGAGUGGAAGUAGGAAAGAAGGGUUCGAUCUGAAGGGAUCAGAUUUGGACACCAUGUACUGGCCAAACGACCACCGAGUGAUCAUGGACAGGUCUCAGUCUGAGUAUUACAACACAGCCAAUACAACCUUGAUUCUCUCUGACAGUUCUGAGAGUCCACCAGGAUUCACUUUACUCCAGUUACUGACACCAUCAAGAUGCAGAGAAGUCCAAUCAUCAUGUGUCAGAAUGAAUGGCAGAGUCUAUAUAUCUAGUUCUCUAAACAGACAGUUAACUUGUUCAUUAAGUUUUCCUAAUUCUACUGUACAUGGACCUUGUGGUAGUGGUGUUGUAGGAGGAGUAGAAUAUGACAGUGCCUUCUGUUUUGUUUGUGACUUUUGGCCUCAAUCUGCCUCCUCAUGGAUAGACAGAUGUCACUCAUGGCCUGACCCUGAAGUUGUUGAUGACAUUGUCAGAAAUGGAUGUCACUUUGUAGCAAUAGGACAUCCAUUUGGACCCCAUGAAAAUGAAGAAUGGAGAAUUUCUUUUUCACGGGCAGAAUAUAAACUAGUUUAUUCAAUGAGCCACUGUCAGUUUUUGACAUAUGGUUUGUUAAAACUUUUCUUAAAAGAAGUUUUAAAUCAACAAUCAGAAGAAACCAAUAAACUGUUGUGUUCCUAUCACAUGAAGACAACAGUUUUCUGGGCGAUUCAACAAAACACACUACCUCACUGGUGUCCACAAAAUCUCCUGGCCGGUUUCUGGAUCUGCUUCAAACUUCUCCUUAAAUGGGUGUAUAAAGGGAUCUGCCCAAACUUUUUCAUCCCACAAAACAACAUGUUUCUGACCAAGGUCCAUGGCUCAGCACAAAACAGAUUGUUCCUACAGUUACAUGAAUUGUACAAGAAAGGUCUGGCCUGUCUGUUACAGAGUUCCUCUAUCAGGUCCUACAUCAUUAAUGUCCUGUACAAUCCCAGACUUUCUAUUUGUACAGAUGAAAGUAUGAUUAGGUCUGAAGUUGACUUUGAUAUUCUAAUUUCCAUCAUACAGUCAACUAUUCCAACUCCAGCUAGUUCUCUGUAUCAAACAACCAAAGCCAUACACACAAUAGAACAGUUUGUGGAGUCACCAAUGACACAUCAUCAAGUUGUAAUGAUACAGAGAAUUGCAGCCUUCUACCUUCAGAGCACUUCUUUUCUAUUAAUACAGAACAUACACACUAAUACAGGUGUCAACAAACAGAUGUAUAUUGCAGACAAAAUGUCCUGUCACAUGCUGAAAUUAGCAGCCAAGUUUGGGUGUAUAUCUGACAUGUUGCUCAUUGCCAUGUAUUAUUACAAGACACUCAGAUACAGGGAAGCUUUAUCUGUUAUAGAGUUGACAAAGGUCAAAUUAGCACAGCCAUAUCUGAUGUAUAAUGGACGUGUAGACAGAGAGAGGUAUACUGAGGCUGUAGGGGGACAGUCCUGGUCUACAAAGAUGAGACAGGCUGUAGCACAGGAUAUCAUACUUAACAAUGAAAUCUGUUAUAUCAGUGAACUAAUUCCAGAACAACAGUCUGGUCUACAGAACGGAGCGCCUGCAUCAUUUGUCCCAGUGUUUGUAAUGUUACACUUCCUAGAGUUCUUGUGUUACAGACACAUUGAUACAACAUUAUCACAAGCAGCUCUAGAUGAGCUACAGGUCCUAGUCCACCACGAUCAGGGACGGUAUGUAUGUGGUAUUUCCAGAGACAUCUCCUGGGAGAUCCUGGGGAUCUGUCAACAGAUGACAGGGGAUAUCCAGGCUGCUCUAUACUCAUACCAACAGUCACUCACACAGGAUCCAUAUCAUUGCAUACAAACUGCCACACAGAGGAGAAUACAGGACAUAGUUCAGUCAACACAACACCAGUAAAUAAAUCAGUAAUUUGUAAUAUCCACCAACAAAACCAACAUGUACAGAUCUAUGUACAGAUUUCUACACGCCAGUUAAAAAACGUGUACAAAGUAACA